UGCCGUCUUAUGAAGCAGACCGAGCUCACAUAAAGUAAAGUAUCGCUCCUGUUCCUGUCGAUCAAACACCAACAACACAGCGUCGCUGUCGCGUCUAUCGACCCGCCGCAGCUGAAGCAGCCAUGUGUUCACUUGAGUCUCUGAGAGAGUUCAUACAGGAGAGGCUGACUGCUGUUUGUCAACAAAUCUUCUGCGAGGUUGAGAAAACCAUCGUCCAGUAUGAGGAGGAGAUCCAGCGUCAGCGCAGACUGCUGGAUAUCAGCCGGAGACCCGACACAAACUACGGCUCAGAAUUCCAACAGCUUCAUGUUUGUGGGAAAGAGGAGCAUCUGACAGAACAGCAGGUCUUUAACCAGGAGAUGAUCUCCAGUGUGGACCAGGAGGAUCCAGAGCCUCCACAGAUGAAAGAGAGACAGGAGGAGGAACCCUGCAGCAGUCAGGAUGGAGAGCAGCUGGGAGUGAAGCAGGAGGCUGACGGCGUCAGAACUGAUGAUGAGUGGCUGAAACUGCUGGCGACCAUCUGGAAACCCGAGAUAAAGCUGCACAGAAUAGACCUUCAACAACUAAAUGUCUGUGAGGAAGAGGUGGAGAAGGAGGAGCCACUCACAAACCAGGAAAACUAUAACGAGGAGAGGCGCUUCAGUGUAGACCAGGAGGACCCAGACCCUCCACAGAUUAAUGAGGAACAGGAGGAUCUCUGCAGCAGUCAGAAGGGAGAGCAGCUGGGAGUGAAGCUGGAGGCUGAUACCCUGACGGUGACUCCUGCUUAUGAGGAAAGUGACCACAGUAAAGCAGAACCAAACAGUGAGCAAAUCUGUCACAGCUCUGCUGAAGCAGAGAGCCGAGAUCAGGAAGAAAGUCAGCAUGUGGACUCAGGGUCACCUGAAAAUGCAGAGGUGAAGACAAUCAGACGUCGCAAAAAGAAAAGUGACAGUAAUAAAGUCGAAGAUCCUGCUCUGUCAGAGAGUCAGGGUCAGAGUGGGGCAAUAAAAAAGACUGAACAAUGUGACAUCUGUGGGAAAAGUUUUCAGUUUAAAUCACGCCUGAUUGCACACGUGAGAUGUCACACAGGUGAGAAACCGUAUUCAUGUAGCACCUGUGGAAAGGCAUUUGUGUUUAAAUCCCAACUGAAUAGACAUAUGAGACGCCACACAGGUGAGAAACCAUAUUCUUGUAGCACCUGUGAUAAAACAUUUCUCCUUAGAUCCGUGCUGAAUGCUCAUGUAAGAGUUCACACAGGUGAGAAGCCAUUUUUGUGUAGCACCUGUGGGAAAGCGUUCACUUCCAACGCACAAUUGACCACUCACACAAGAAUUCACACAGGUGAGAAACCAUAUUCUUGUAACACCUGUGGUAAAACCUUUAACUGUACAACCUACCUGACAAAACAUAUCAGAGUUCACACAGGUGAGAAACCCUAUCCUUGUAGCACUUGUGGGAAACAAUUUAGUCAAUGGAUACACAUGAAUCGCCACAUGAGGCGUCACACAGGUGAGAAGCCAUAUAGCUGCAGCACUUGUGGGAAAAGAUUCCCUUACAAAUCUGGAUUGAAAGUUCACAUGAAUACACACAGGUAUGAACACAAGGCAAAGAAUGUGUGGCUGGAGUGUAUCCCAGCUACCAUGGGAAAAGAUGCAUGUAUCGCUCCUGUUCCUAUCGACCAAACACCAAUAACACAGCGUCGCUGUCGCUUCUAUCGACCCGCCGCAGCUGAAGCAGCCAUGUGUUCAGCUGAGUCUCUGAGAGUGUUCAUACAGGAGAGGCUGACUGCUGUUUGUCAACAAAUCUUCUGCGAGGUUGAGAAAACCAUCGUCCAGUAUGAGGAAGAGAUCGAGCGUCAGCGCAGACUGCUGGAUAUCAGCCGGAGACCCGACACACACUCACACGGCUCAGAAUUCCAACAGCUUCAUGUUUGUGGGAAAGAGGAGCCUCUGACAGAACAGCAGGUCUUUAACCAGGAGAUGAUCUCCAGUGUGGACCAGGAGGAUCCAGAGCCUCCACAGAUGAAAGAGAGACAGGAGGAGGAACCCUGCAGCAGUCAGGAUGGAGAGCAGCUGGGAGUGAAGCAGGAGGCUGAUGGCAUCAGAACUGAUGAUGAGUGGCUGAAACUGCUGGCGACCAUCUGGAAACCCGAGAUAAAGCUGCACAGAAUAGACCUUCAACAACGAAAUGUCUGUGAGGAAGAGGUGGAGAAGGAGGAACCACUCACAAACCAGGAAAACUAUAACGAGGAGAGGCGCUUCAGUGUGGACCAGGAGGACCAGGAGGACCCAGACCCUCCACAGAUUAAUGAGGAACAGGAGGAUCUUUGCAGCAGUCAGAAGGGAGAGCAGCUGGGAGUGAAGCUGGAGGCUGAUACCCUGACGGUGACUCCUGCUUAUGAGGAAAGUGACCACAGUGAAGCAGAACCAAACAGUGAGCAAAUCUGUCACAGCUCUGCUGAAGCAGAGAGCCGAGAUCAGGAAGAAAGUCAGCAUGUGGACUCAUGGUCACCUGAAAAUUCAGAGGUGAAGACAAUCAGACGUCGCAAAAAGAAAAGUGACAGUAAUAAAGUCGAAGAUCCUGCUCUGUCAGAGAGUCAGGGUCAAAGUGGGGCAAUAAAAAAGACUGAACAAUGUGACAUCUGUGGGAAAAGUUUUCAGUUUAAAUCACGCCUGAUUGCACACGUGAGAUGUCACACAGGUGAGAAACCGUAUUCAUGUAGCACCUGUGGAAAGGCAUUUGUGUUUAAAUCCAAACUGAAUAUACAUAUGAGACGUCACACAGGUGAGAAACCAUAUUCUUGUAGCACCUGUGGUAAAACCUUUAACUGUACAACCUACCUAAACAGACAUGUAAGAGUUCACACAGGUGAGAAACCUUAUCCUUGUAGCACCUGUGGUAAAACGUUUCUCCUUAGAUUCCUGCUAAAUGCUCAUGUAAGAGUUCACACAGGUGAGAAGCCAUUUUUGUGUAGCACCUGUGGGAAAGCGUUCACUUCCAAUGCACAAUUGACCACUCACACAAGAGUUCACACUGGUGAGAAACCAUAUUCUUGUAACACCUGUGGUAAAACCUUUAACUGUACAACCUACCUGACAAAACAUGUCAGAGUUCACACAGGUGAGAAACCCUAUCCUUGUAGCACCUGUGGGAAACAAUUUAGUCAAUGGAUACACAUGAAUCGCCACAUGAGGCGUCACACAGGUGAGAAGCCAUAUAGCUGCAGCACUUGUGGGAAAAGAUUCCCUUACAAAUCUGGAUUGAAAGUUCACAUGAAUACACACAGGUGACACGGUUAUGUGAAAGCUGCAGAUCUGUGGGAAAAGAUUUUGUUAAUGAGACGCGUGAUAAUUUAUGUUGCUUAAAAAUGUUAUAUCUAGAAAAUGUGGGCCAGAGUCAAAGCAGUGAGCUCACACUGACCAGGAGUCAAAUCAUUGCGACACCCGAGUAAAAAGAUGACCAGUAUUCAAAUUAGCAUUUUCUUUAUAUCAGCAUUCUUUAUAAAGUUCAUUACUUUAUUCUUAUAAUUAUAUCAGACAAAUCCUGAUGUUACAUUUAAUGAUGGUUAAAAUUCAGUGUGCUCCGUUUCUUCGAGAUCAUUGUUCUGAUCUGUUCUGAUCAUUGUUCUGAGAUCAUAAUACUUUUCUUUAUUAAUGCAAGUUAAAUUUGAAAUAGAAAUUUCAUUC